CCAGGAACGCGCGCGAAAUUCAUCCUCGAGAGAGUUGUUUCUUCCCCCUUCAUCACCCUACUACGUACUAGGUUCUGCAUUCGGAACUCCUGUUUUACUCCUAUGCAAUCUCUAUAAUAUCUUCAUCCACCUUGUCUUUCAAUAUGAAAAGAGGGGCUUUGAUUGUUCUCGAGGGCUGUGAUCGAGCUGGAAAAUCAACACAAUGUAAAAAGCUCGUAGAAGCAUUGAAUCAGAAAGGUGUCACGGCUGAACCAGUGAGGUUUCCAGAUCGAAGUACAGUGAUUGGCAAGAUGAUUGGAUCUUACUUGGAGAAGAAAUCUGAACUACAAGAUAAUGCAAUUCAUUUGUUGUUCUCAGCCAAUAGAUGGGAAAUGGUGCCAUAUAUGGAGAAACAGUUACAUAAAGGCACAACUUUGGUGGUUGACAGAUAUGCAUACUCAGGAGUAGCUUUUACAGCUGCAAAAGAUGGUUUUGACCUACAUUGGUGCAAACAGUCAGACGUAGGACUACCAAAGCCAGAUCUAGUUUUCUUUUUAGAAGUCAAACCUGAAGAAGCUGAGAAACGAGACGACUUUGGUGAUGAACGUUAUGAAUCUACAGCCUUUCAGGUCAAAGUGAAAAACAACUUUGACUUAUUGAAAGAAGAAAGUUGGAGGGUUCUUGAUGCCAGUCAAAGCAUUGAUGAUCUUCAUCAACAGAUUCUUGAGAUUGCUGAAAAUACAAUAUGUGGGGAUUUACCAAAACAAAUAGAUAACUUAUGGGUGACAUAAUGCUUCAAUUUAGAUCUAAUUUGGGUAUAUUUUUAGUUCAAUGUAUACACAAUUCACACUGUAUACAUGACUCGCAAGGGACAAGAAGUAAUCAUAAUAUACCGGGUAAUUGAAGUCUUUGUGCAUGUAUCUGCUAUAAAGGUACUCAAGGCGCUUAGCAUAUACAUAAUUUUCAGAAAGAUUAUGUUCCAGUAUACAAUUGUUGCACGCUGUGACGGGAUCCACGCUGUGGCGUUUUGUACACCCGAGGGGGGAAA